AUGAGUUUUCUCGACUCCGUUCUCACGUCUCUCCAGACGGGGAAGCCGUCGCCAGUUCCCCUUUCUCAACCAGCGGCGCCACCAGCUACGUCCUCGGCUGUUAAGAAAGUAGAGCGCAAACCUGCCACUCCCACGCCACGGCCAGCACCGAGUGUGAAUAGCAGUGGAGGAACAAAGCGCAAGGCUGAGGAUCAGCUUCCUCAACCGUCGCGACCUGAAGCUCCAAAAGCCGGAUCUUCGUCCACCCACAAGGCUCCUGCUCCGCCUGGGGUACUCAGAACUUUGUCUAAACCGGCCCCCGCUACAACUUCCAAGCCUGCAUCGCCCAAGCCUGCCCCAAGAAAUGGCCCCAGUCCUGCCAUCAAGACGGCAACUGCGAAACCUACACCCAUGAAGUCUGCACCUGCGAAACCUGCUCCGAAGCCUUCUGCGGUUCCAUCGAAGGCACCUCCCAAGGGCUCUUUCGCCGAGAUCAUGGCCCGAGCCAAGGCAUUGCAGGAUCAAGCCCCAGCACAAGUUGGCAUGUUACGUCACCAAGCAGUGCCUAAGGAGAGACUGAGCAAAGUCGAGCGCAAGCGCCGCAUGAUGGAAGCUCAGGCGCAAGAGAAAGCUGCUCGUCGUCCAGGCCAGAAGCCCGCACCUGGUGCCCCGCCUGUGAAGGGCAAACCAGGCGUGAAAAAGGAACCUGAGGGUCCGACUUACAAGGGCACAGCUAAGCCACCACCUCAAGCACCCGAAGGACUCUCAUACCGCGGCACAGCCGGCCUUCCAGGCCGUGGUGGGAAUGACCGCCGGGCUCACGGCAAGCGUCGGAGGGAUGAAUACCUCGGGACGGACGAGGAAGACGAGGGCGAAUACGGUGGCUACGACGAUUAUUACUCCGACGCAUCCUCCGACAUGGAAGCUGGUUUCGAGGAUGUGGCAGGCGAAGAAGAUGCUGCGCUUAGAUCUGCGCGCCUGGAAGACGAAAAGGAGCUGGCCCUGGAGAUGGCAGCAAAGUUGGAGAAGCAGGCGCGGCAGAAGAAGUUGGCUGCUCUUGCAAACCGGACCAAGCGUUGA